CACCCUGAGCCUCUCCACUUUAGUGUUCACCGUAGAUGCGUUCACAUGGGUUCAUCACUGCCCAGGCCAAACCCGGGUCGGAACCAGGUGAGACUCGAGUCUGACCCCUCUGUUUCUCCAUCUUAACCAGGUUCCAUCGCAUCCGGUCUAGUUCGGGUCGGAUCUUUUUUCUUGCCACUGGUGGGCGAUGAGCUGUUUAUUCCCCCAUGCCCUGUCCGACAUGUGGUGGACCCGAACAGGACCUGAGCGCGCAGAACUUCUGAGCAGGAGCGCUGCGUGCCAGAGCGCGCGCUUCCGAGCAUCUGAAUGAAGGAGAGAUGGAGCGAAAAGUCCUGAGUCAGGUUGUCUGUGUGUGUUUGCUGCUGAGUGGACAUGUCUCUACAGUUGAAUUAACUUGUGAAACUUUGAUCCUUCUGUCCACCAACCUGACAGCGAGGACAUUGAUGUUACUGAACCAGACAUUCGCCAUCAGUAACUCUUCAGGUCUGUUUUGUGAUCUCUCUGUGGAUGGAAUUGGGACGUGUUGGCCUCGUAGUACAGCAGGAAAUCUGAUUUCCAGACCCUGUCCUGAGCAGUUCAAUGGAAUCCACUACAACACCACCAAUCGUGUCUAUAGAGAGUGCCAGUCCAAUGGUACCUGGGCCCCUCGAGGAAACUACAGUCAGUGCACCGAGAUCAUUAUCCUGAAGAAGAGUAAAGUCCACUAUCAGGUGGUCCUCAUCAUCAACUACCUGGGUCACUGCAUCUCCCUGGGAGCUCUGCUACUUGCCUUCCUGCUAUUCAUGAGACUCAGGAGUAUUCGCUGUCUGAGGAACAUCAUUCACUGGAAUCUGAUCUCAGCAUUCAUCUUGAGGAAUGCCACCUGGUUCAUUGUCCAACUCACCAUGAAUCCUUCUGUUACUGAAAGCAACCAGGCGUGGUGCAAGCUGGUGACAGCAGCAUAUAAUUACUUUCAUGUCACCAACUUCUUCUGGAUGUUCGGUGAGGGAUGUUACCUUCACACUGCCGUUGUUCUCACCUACUCCACCGACAAGCUCAGGAAGUGGAUGUUCAUCUGCAUUGGCUGGGGUAUUCCGUUUCCUGUCAUUGUGGCCUGGGCUUUUGGGAAGCUGUACUAUGACAAUGAGAAAUGCUGGUUUGGAAAGAAGGCAGGUGUUUAUACAGAUUACAUCUACCAAGGUCCGAUGAUCCUGGUCCUGCUGAUUAACUUUGUCUUCCUGUUUAACAUUGUUCGGAUUUUGAUGACUAAACUGAGAGCAUCGACAACCUCAGAGACCAUCCAGUACAGGAAGGCAGUGAAAGCUACCUUGGUCCUGCUGCCCUUGUUGGGAAUCACCUAUAUGCUGUUCUUUGUGAAUCCUGGAGGAGAAGAUGAGUUGUCCCAGAUUGUUUUCAUCUACUUUAACUCCAUCCUGGAGUCUUUCCAGGGUUUCUUUGUCUCCGUCUUCUACUGUUUUCUCAACAGUGAGGUACGCUCUGCAGUCAGGAAGCGCUGGAUUCGCUGGCACGACCAUCACUCCAUUCGCAGCCGGACAGUGCGAGCCACAUCUCUGCCCACAUCACCAAGCAGGGUAUCCUUUCAUAGCAUCAAACAGUCCUCCAACCUCUGACAGACUACAUCAACCAAUCAGAGCUCUUCGUCUGGACCAGAUCAAAGCAACCAAUCAUAGUGCAGGACACAGAUUUAUGGACUAAUUCAGAGAUCUGUCAAUCAGGAAGCUCUUUGGCCCCACCUAUUCUCAUAUUCUUACCAACUACUGGAUCUGAACAGUCGCCCACGACUGCAAAGCCAGACACACCAACCUGUGCAUGGCUUGGACAGAUUACAAGAAAGCCUAUGACUCAGUGCUGCACUCAUGGACCAUUGAAUGCUUGGAGCUGUACAACAUCAACAGGACUCUCAGAGCCUUCAUUGCAAACUUGAUGGGGCUGUGGAAAACCACCCUUGAGGCAAGCCAAUUGCACAAGUCUCCAUCACAUGUGGCAUAUAUCAAGGAGACGUCCUGUCCCUCUACUGUUCAGCAUAAGUCUGACCUAGGGUUGCUACAAACAAUUAUUUAAAUAUUCAAAUAAUCACUAGUAGUUUUUUGGCAACUAAAAGUCAACUAACAGUGUAAUGAGUAAAGUAUAGCUUAUUGCAUCAAGAUGCAGCUGCUCUAAAAUACCCAUCAUUAGCUUCUAGAUUGAAGUGUGAUUGUUAUGUGCCAUCUAAAUAUAAAGACAAGAUGAUAGUUUAUCAAACAACAGGGGCCUCAUGGCCGCCUUUGCUUGCCGAGGUGUGUAUGUUGUUGGCUUGGUAACAAACUUACCCACUGAAGAAGAGUGCUUUAAUAACUGUAACGUCGCUGGAUACAAUAAAUCAUUAGAGUUUGUAACAUCAGAGCAGAUUUGUGACAUACGUGUGAUAAUGAUAAUGAAAUUGCCAUCACUACUGCUGUUGCUACUAAUGUUGACGUUAGCAGCUAACGAUACCAUACCAUUACCAUACCAUUUUAUUUAUAAAAGCACUUUCAACAUGGCAUUACAACCUAACAAAGCAAUAGGUAAUUAGCUAAGCUUACAGUGGCGACUGUCCCUCCUCGUUCAAAACCAUGACGUGCUUCCUUUUAAGGAGAGCUCUUUUUUUAUUAUUUAUUUCUUCCGUGUCCUGUCUGGCUGUGAAGCAAACAGAAUUAAUGUCUGAAUGCUGGUGACAAGCCUUACCACUUCUUUCCACCGGAGCCGUCAGCAGCACGUCUAGCUCGCGUAUGCUGCUGCUUGGCCCUUCCCACGAAGCAGCAGGGGAGCAGCUGUCACCGACAGAGCACGAAGUCACACAAGUGACUUCGUCAGUAAACAUAACAACAAGCAGGAUAAAGUUACAACAUGGCUCCAAAAGGUUUGUGUUUUAUGUUCUUUCCGUUUUAUAAUCGCCAAUACGGACCUGAAAAACAAAGGAGACCGCUAGCCAGGUGUUAACUUCUCACGGGGCCGCACAGUUGGUAACAUUUUUUAAAAGUAAAGCAACCGGAAGGCCGUACGUUUCUUUAUUCUGAAGAUCUCGGGAGCUUCGCUCCAUUUCCGUGUCCGAUUUCCGAGUGAGUGUGAGAGCCACUGUCCAGGCCCCAUCAUAUAACGUGCUCUGUGAAUGUCUCAGACAAUGGCAAACAGAAGAGGAGACACUAGUAACACUAUCAUGGGAGGGCAAACCCCUACAUGGGAUGUACCACUGACAGAUUUCUGAAGUGUCUGAUAUGAAGAAAUCUUACCAAUGACUGGAAAGAGCUGGUCUGAAGGACGGCACAGAGGCUCUCAUCAUGGCUGCUCACAGGAACAGGCCCUGAACACCAGAGCAACAGAGGCCAAGAUCUACCACAGCAAACCAAGACCCAAGGUGUAGGCCAUGCAAAGAGACCCCUGAGACAGUCCACCACAUAACUGCAGUGUGUAAGAUGCUGGCAGACAUCGGUGGUGCCCGUGGCCAUCGGGAAACUCGGGGCAAUAUCCCCCAAGCUGGAGGAGUGGCUAAAGCAGAUCCCAGGGAAUAAUGUAUUUUUUUUAUUUAUGUAUUUAUUGUAUUAAUCACCAGCCUUCUCCUCCACCCUACUAGCAGGGGCACUGCUCCAAAUGUAAUUUAGUUUUCUGUCACUCAAGGAUUUCAUAGAUAUAUUCUGGUUUUGAAUAAAUGCUCUGGGAACAGUUCCCAAAUUAGAAAAGAGUUACAGCCUACUGAAAUGUGUUUGAGAUUAAUUAGUCCGAUUUUAACCAAGGUAUUAAGAUAAAUGAUAAACUGCAGUGUUUUACUUUCCCAACCUUUAACUCUACCUUAUUGCCAUUGGCAAAACCUAACCUCUGACCCCGGGGAAGAAACAGGUUUAAAUGCUGGUCUUUAGACUGAGGAACAAGAGGGACCUUGGAAUGAGGGAUCAUGUUGAUUGAUCUGAACUUACUGUGGAUUCAUCCUAAGAUGCAUUUUGGGUAACCAGAGCUGCGAUGAGACCCUGUUAAGACUUAACUUUCAGCCCAACAGAAACUGAUGUUUCCAGGUGUUAAACAGUGACUGGAACCUAACAUUUAUUUUUUUAAAGGUAAUCUUUUUUAAUAUCUGGGCUAAAAUCUUGUUUAGAUUCUGCAGGAAGCAAAUGUAAUCAUGGCACAAGUUCAGAACUUGUUUACAUGUUCAGAGGGUCCGUUGUCCUGAGGUUUGUUUUCAUCUUUGCUGUGGCUUCUAUUUCUCCUCCAGGUUUAAACAUGUCAGCCCAAACCUGAGGGUAACUAUGGUAACCAGGGCCUUUCCAUCUCAACACAUAGCUUCAGCUUCUCUUGGAUUUAGUCAGAUUAAACAUUUUCACACUGUUUAAAAUGAAUUAUGAGGAUUUAGAAGGAAAUUUGCUAAAUCACUCAACAGGUUCUAAAGUUUUAAACUGAGCAGGUCUGAUUCUGAUUGGACUUGACAGAGAGAGGAGAGUACCCAGUAACCAUAGUAACCAGUGGUUUGGUUCGGGUGUGUGGAGGGAACUGCUCAGAAUCAAUCUCUAACCACUCCCGCUCCUCAUCAUCCUGAAUUUAUGGCUGUGACUGGGUCACUGUGUGUGUGUGUGUGCGUGCGUGUGUGCGUGUGUGUGUGUGCGUGUGUGUGUGAGGUUGCAAACAUCACACUGAAAAUCCUAUGUUGAUACUUAAGAGGAGCAUUUGAUUUGUGCUCAAGAGACAUGGGCUGCAGCAAGCCGAGGGAGAUCCUUCUGUACACGCUGAUGUGUCAGAAAUAAAUCUGUCUUCAGGACAAA